AAUACUGUACUGUACAGUGCAUUUGUAUUUCGAUUAUUUUGCCGAAUCUCUUAUUUUGAAGGCAAGCCUAGUGGAGUUCCGGUAUUCAGCGAGGCGCGCGAGUUUUGUUUGGUACAAAACUAGCUUAAAUGUUGAUGUCUGUAGCAUUAGCUUCCUUGAAGCUUCGACACACUUUUGCCAAGUUCAGUUUGGUUUUGUUUCACAACUUUGAUACGUUAAGUGUAAUGCUCUGGCGUUCUAAAAGUUGACCUCACGCCGUUAUGGUGUGCCAAACAAGACCUAAUAUUAGGACUACUUAAGCCUCGUGAGGUGGAUUUCUUCCCUUCGCGGAGCAUGAACGACUAUUUGACAGAAGAACUUUGCAAAGAGUUGGGACAGUUGGACCCCGACUGGUUCCAGGUGUUGACCACACAAGCGUCCUCUAAGGAAGGAAACCUCUCCGAUUCGGACGACCAAGAAGAACUUUGUCCCAAUCAGGAGGCAAACUUCAAGACGCCUUUGCGCAAAACUGCUGCUGUCGAUGUGGCCCAAAGUCAACACUCUUCGAUACCUCGGGUGUUCAGACGCAGCUAUGUUCCAUCCCCGGAUAAUGACUACCAGCAAGAGAAUGAACUGCUGCCGUGGGACACCAGGAGUCCGUGUUUGUUUGGGCUUACCAAGGACGCGGUCCCGCAUUCAAAUUAUGGAUAUGCACGCCCACGCACUCCCAACUGGUUUGAUGGUCUUCACACACCACAAGUGUCCCCAAGGAAAAUGGCAACAAUGGGGUUUGAAAUGAUGCAGGCCAAUUACGCCCAACGCAUCUCCGAGAGCCUGGGCGCCGACAUUCACCCCGAUAUCUCGUGGACCAGCUCGCUGAAUACGCCGCCGGCUUUGCCUUCGACCCUCAUUAUAUCGAAGACAAAUGAAAGUCCCAGCCCGACGACAUUUUGUAUGGGCAAGAGUGCCGUGCUGGUUCGGAAACUCUUCCCAUCUCUGUCCAACGAUUCCAGACAGGGGUUGGCGUCAACGCAAAGCAAUGACCCGCUUGAGGUUCUGCAAGAUUCUGAUUGCCCAGAGGCCUGCCCUCAUCCAACGCUCCAAAAGUCGCCUCGGCCAUCCCCGCAGCACAACGAUGGCACCCGGAGCCAGCCGCCCCCUGAGGCGAUCCGUAGCCCGGCGCCCAGUGUUCCUGACGGGACCGAGAACAGCCUGCCCGUGUUUUUGACCAACAGCAGUUCGGUACUGAGGCAGGUGAAGACCGAAAGGACGGAAGAAAAAGGACACAGCAGCAGCCCCUUGGAUGUCUCAAUGGAGUCCGAGCUUGCGUUUUCGGAGCAAAGAGAAUCCGAUCAAGCGCUAUGCAGAAAUCCUCCAGUGGAAACCGAAGAUAGUGAAAUGACACUGUGGACACCGUUGCCUCUAUCAGAAAUUCCAGCCACCACCGUUGCCACACAAGUGGAAGAUAAAUGCGCAACACGAGCCAAGAGUCCGGUCAGCGCGUCUUUCAAGUGUGCUGGAUUCACCCAGAAAAAGACGGCAUUUAUUUACACCAUUGAUAAGGAGAAGCUCUCGUUAAAGAACAACUCGGUGCAAGGUCAUAAGCUGCCUGUUGUGCAGAUGUCGAAAGCCAACGAUGAAGCCGGCGUUUGUAACGUCGGGGAUGGGAAGGACCAGCUUCAGCAACGGGAAGCCGUCGCAAAAGGAAAGCCGUCCUUACGUCGAGUCAACACGAAGGAUUUGGAGAUGUCGCAGCUUUGCCGAGCAUUUGCGCAAGACUUGAGUCAAAUGUCCUAUCCGGGCGCACCACCUCAAGUGGGCCCGCCCCCUCCUCCUCCGCCUUCUCCUCCUCCUUGCGGCUUCUCCCCGUUUGCCUGUCUGACCGCGCUGAGAGUUGCUCGACGGAAGGCCAAAAGGCAAGUCGGGCUUCACGGUGAUGAAGUACCUCUCGCCGAGUCCGUCGAUGAGCCGGCACCGAGCGACAGUGGCUUCCUGUCGGCCGAUGCCGACGUCUCGCAUGCGACUGCGGCCCGCUCGGAGAAACGGGAACUGCAUCACCGGCGGACGUUCGAGUCCACACCUACUAAACAACACGAGAUGUGUUUGGAGGAGGUUUUACUUGGAACGUGGAUUGACACCAAAGACACGCGAGGGAGUUUCAAAGACUCAACCCAACCUCUGGUUUCACUUCAAUCCAACGGUUGUGAAAGGAAGCAAGAGAUUGUAAAUGUUUCUCUUCCCUCGAUUCAAGUGUCUGAAUUCAAAACGACUUCGAACCAGAGUAUGCAAAUAUCGGCAGGCGACCCGCAGAAAGAUGAACGACUCUUUGACGUGUGUGAUGCUCAGCGGCCACCCAUGAAAAGCGUCCCUGCUAAGGAAACUCCCACAACGUCCGAUUCUGCAUUGAGCUGUCCAGGAAGUCUCUCUGAAAAGUUUAUGUGGGAAAAUAGUGAUGAAAGGGAGGAGACACUACAAGGCUUCGAUGGCUCCUUCCAACAAGCUCAAAAUGUUCCAAAAAGUCCCGCAAACGUGAACACGGUGACAUGUCAGGCUGAUGGAGUCACCGGUUGCGAUGGUGAUCCCAAAGAGGAAAUUCCUGCGGGGUCGUAUUCUCCCCCGAGCUGUCCACCAAAAGCUUCCCAAAACAAUUUGCCGUUUGACAGUUCCGACAUAAACGAGUCGCUUCAAGGCUUCUCUUCAUUGGUCAAGCCGGUUCAGGAUGCUUCAAAUUGUCCCGGAAACGCAAACGCGGUUGCGGGUCAAGCCGACCGAGCCUUCGAAUGCGCCCGUGAUGCGACGGAGGAAAUUCCCGCAGCGGCGGCUCCCGCUUCCUGGGCCCGAAACUGCGACCGGUCCAACUGCCGGCUGACCGCCUCCCAGAAAGCCGACGUGAAGGCGUUGUGCGCCCUCCUGGAAGAAGCGGGCAGCCAGUUUGACUUUACCCAGUUCAGAACCGUCAAGUUAAAGCAACCGGGCAAAGAGGCUUCCGCCCUUUCCUGGAAAGCUGACAAAGACCUUGAGGCACACUUGCUGUCCGGGAUCGAUUUCGAUGACAGCUUUUGCGCAGAGGCAAACGAGAAAACGACUUUGACCUCAUGCGGUACGACUCAUCUUGAAGAAUCCGCUGUUGCUCGGCAACCCCUAUGUGCACAUACUACGGAAAAAGAAGCUGAAGAAAGUGUUGUGACAGUUUCCCAAAAAUGUCUGAAGAAAACCAAACAUUUAUUUCAGGAUUCGGAGGCGAGUGUUGAAAACGAUGGGUCCGCUCUGCCCGUGCGCACCUCUCGGAAUGAGCAGCAAUUCGUCGACGGCUACGACACGGAGGAGCCACUGGGAGGCUUCUUUUCAUCCGCCAUACCCGAUCAAAGCGCUCCAAAAAGUCCCGGCAACAUGCUUGCGUGCGCCCGGCAAGAGGACUUUCGGAAUCAGGAAUCAGGAAUCGGGCAGGUUGACCCUCUGCCGGGUGGAUCCCAGUUCGCAGGAGCUAAACGAGUUUCCUCCGCUGCGCCGAAGAAAACGGAAUCCUCGCUCGGUGUUUGUCAUGAAGUUGAGGAACAUCCGGCAUGCGAGCGAGCAUUCGGCAAAAGUGAGCCACCGCUGACGGCGAGCGCGAAGCCUCGCUCGUUUUCAGCCAGUGAUCCCUUUGACAAGCUGGGCUCCGCUUCAAAGAGUCUCCCCGUUUCCGGUGGAAAGACAAACGACGGACAACGAGGAAAUGCUGCCAACGUGCAUACGAUGGAUGGUCAACUCCAUCCUGUUGAGAAUGAAAAGCCAGAGCAUCAAAACGGUGAAAAUGCUGCAAGUUCCUGGUUGGAGCUGGAGUUUUCGACCUGGAGUGGCGAUGGGGAAAACACUUCGGCGUCUGCGGUGGCCUUGGCAAAAACCAAACCGCUUUUGCAAGAAGACCGCGGAGAUGACCCGAGUGCAGACGUUAAAAACGGAGCCUCCUCUUUCCAUCAGCCGGGCGGGUUCCGGACGGCGAAAGGCAAACCAGUUGCUGUUUCCUCAGCCGCGCUCAAAAAAGCACAACUCUUGCUCGAUGAUCGCUCUGAAGUGAAGCAACAUCCUGUCUGUUCUCCAACGGCGACAAAGAGUGAGCUGCUGUCUGCUAGCGAGAAGCCCGGGUCCUUUUCAGACAAUUCACUCUUUGCCGACGACUCCCUCUUCGACAACCUCGACCGCGGUCCGGAGAGUCCGUCUGUUUCUGGCGCGAAGGACGCAAAAACGGCAAAUGCCACGAUUGGGGAUAAGAUUGACUGUCCAAAUGAUCAGUUCGAAAAUGGACAGCGUGAUAAUAAUGGAGCAAAUCCAUCUUCUUCUUCUUUAUUGAGUGCCGGUGGGUUCUCGACUGCCAGUGGGAAGAAGGUCCUCGUGUCUGCGGCAGCACUGAAAAAAGCCAAAGAUCUUUUGCGAGAAGACGCCGGGGAUGCCCCGAGCUCCAAAAUGCAACACGGAAGCUUUUCAGGCGUCGAAGGCGCUGACCUGGCAGCUGCGGGCCGAAACGUCGCCGCUGCUCUUCCGACAAUCAAACUCUUGCUUGACGAAAACCUUGCAGUUGAGGAACACCCGGGCAGCUCUCCACCCUCGGGGAAAAGUGAAUUCCUGCCAGCUUCAUUUGCAGCCAAAGGUGACCCGGGCUCCACCUUGGAGAGUCCCGCUCUGACUCCGUAUGGCUCCAAACGAGGGAGUAGCACAAGUAAAGAAACGUUGGCUGGUUGUUUACCCCACAAGGUGACGCUACGAGCGGACGCUCACUUCAAAGGCAUGAUGGACAGUCACGAUCGAACGUCCGCAAAAGAGAAUCCGUCCAUAGUCUGCGCAAAGGCGUUGAACGUGAAGACGGAUGCUCCAAACGUUUGGCUUCAUCGCCAUGGGGAAAAGCCUGGAAAUCCAUCUUUGGAUGUCGCUUCUUCUUCUUCUUUAUUGAGUGCCGGUGGGUUCUCGACUGCCAGCGGGAAGAAGGUCCUCGUGUCUGCGGCAGCCCUGAAAAAAGCCAAAGAUCUUUUGCGAGAAGACGCCGGGGAUGCCCCGAGCUCCAAAAUGCAACACGGAAGCUUUUUAGGCGUCCAACGCGCUGACCUGGCAGCUGCGGGCCGAAACGUCGCCGGCGCUUCUUCCGCUGCUCUUCCGACAAUCAAACUCUUGCUCGACGAAAACCUUGCGGUUGAGGAACAACAAACCUCGGGGAAAAGUGACUUCCUGCCAGCUUCAUUUGCAGCCAGAGGUGACCCGGGCUCCACCUUGGAGAGUCCCGCUCUGACUCCGUAUGGCUCGAAACGAGGGAAUAGCACAAGCAAAGAAACGUUGGCUGGUUGUUUACCCCACAAGGUGACGCUACAAGCGGAUGCUCACUUCAAAGGCAUGAUGGACAGUCACGAUCGAACGUCUGUCAAAGAGAAUCCGUCCAUAGUCUGCGCAAAGGCGUUGAACGUGAAGACGGAUGCGCCAAACAUUUGGAUUCAUCGCGAUGGAGAAAAGCCUGCAAAUCCAUCUUUGGAUGUCGCUUCUUCUUCUUCUUCCCUGAGUGGCGCCGGAUUCUCCGCCGCCAGUGGGAGCGCGCUACCCGUGUCUGCAGCAAAAGCCAAAGAUUUUUUCCAAGAAGACCACGAGGCUGACCCCGGCGCAAAAAUGAAACCCGGAGGCUCCUCGGGCGUCGACUGUCGAGCGGGUGGAUUUCAGACAGCGGGAGGCAAACGGGUCACCGUUUCUUCCGCUGCGCUUCAGAGAGGCAAAUUCUUGCUCGACGAUUGCGAUUCGGUCGAGGACCAUCCGAACGAUGAUCCGCUCGAGAGAAAAAGUGAGUUCUUGACACCUAGCGAGAAACCUGCGUCAUUUUCAGCCAGGUCCCUCUUUGGCGAUCUCGGCUUGACUUCGGACACGAGGGCCACUGGAGAUGGAACGUCAGAUGUUCGAGUGAGCAAAAAUACCCCCGAGACCCGGCUUGGAAACAAGAAUGCCGCUCCAUUUGGAGACGAUGAAAACACGAGGCAUUAUAAGAACCUGGCCAAACCCGCAGUUUCAUCAUCGGCUAUUUGCUCAUCUUCCCCGAGCGGCGGUGGAUUCUCUACUGCCGGCGGGAGGAGCCUGUCCGUUUCUGAUGAAGCGAUGACGAGAGCCAAAUCUCUCUUCAAUGACUUUGAGGGUGAAAACCAGAAGCUCCACCGCAACGCUAGUUUGCCACAAGCCAAACGGGAUGGUCCGCAACAUGCGGGACUCCGGACGGCCGAGGGCGGAAGAUCUUCUAUUGGGUCCGCUGCUCUCAAGAAGUCAAAAUCCUUCUUCGCCGAGAGUCCCGAAAGCACAAGUGAUGCGGCCCGCGCAUCCCCAGCCGGCCAUUGGGGCUUUAGCACAGCCAGUGGCAAAAAGGUUCUCGUGUCUGACUGCGCCGCGGCGAGAGCAAAAUCCUUGCUGGAUGAAAGCGUCGUGGACAAAGAUGCUGGCUUCCGAUUGUCAAAGAUGGCAAAUAAUCCCCCCAGCGAGCAAUGCGGCGUCGGUCCGAGCCAAAUAAGCCAUUGCGGAUUCAGCGCAGCCAGCGGGAAGCCCGCGUCCUUUUCCACCGAGGCGCUGCAGAAAGCCAAAGCUCUGUUUGAUGACAUCGGCCUCAGUGAUGGUGUCCAAGCGGGCGCACGGGGAAAAACCUUCAGUGUGCCUUUGGUAUCUGGACUUACUCCAGGUCCAAGCGCGUGCGAAAGAGAGAAAAAGCCAGCGGCCGCAGACGAAAUGGCCCACGCGGAGGUCGUCGGAGGUCGCGGACAGGAAGCGUCGGCUGCCUUAGGCGGAGGAACGAUCCCGAUGCCGGAGGAAGCCGCAAUUGUAAACUUGGAGUCCUUGGACCUGAGCGACUGUACUGAAACGCAGCAGUUGUUUCUGGCCCAGGAAGCGCUGGACUGCACCAAAGCUUUGCUGCAGGACGAGAGUCUCGCCGGACCUUCCAUGACGUUGGAAAGCGCCUCUUGCCCGCCCGCACGGGAGCAAGCACGCGAGAAAAGAUUCGCCGAGGGCACCGAAUUGGCUGGGCAGCCUCCCUCAAAAAGAAGACUCCUGGAAGAAUUUGACAGAUCUCUCGACAGCCCGCGAGGAUCGACGCUCUGCCCGCAAACGAGUUCUCCCAAAGGUCUAUUGAAGGACAGGCCCGUGUUCAAGUACGACGUCUCACUCGGCCCAAACAUCACCAGGCCGCGCAGAGACGGCACGGCUUCCGUAGCGGCCGCCGCUUCAUCGAAGAGCAACCAGCAGCCCUCGCCGGCGGGGUUGACGUUGCCAUUUUUCAAGAAGACCGAGGCCCGACCGAGGAGGAGCGACAUCGCAACGCCUCCAGCCUUCGUUCCUCCGUUUAAAAGACAGAGGACAGUCGUCGAAUGGGAUUCCACGAAACUCUUCUCUAAAAAGUCGACACAAAACAAUGAGGACCCACCCACAACCGCCUCAGACCAAAGUAUGACCGAUCCCUUCUACGGCCGCAUCCCACCUACCGACGCAUCUUGGGGUCAAGCGAACGCGCAGCUGGCCCGAGACAUGCAAGACAUGAGGAUCAGGAAGAAGAUGCGGCAGACAGUGAGGCCUCUGCCUGGCAGCUUGUUUCGAGCCAAAACCUCGGGAGCCACCAGGAUACCUUUGAGGGAUGCGGCGGCUCAGAGGCCCCCUGCCAAGUACACCCAGAAGCAGCUGUAUGAAUACGGAGUGCAUCGGCACGUGUGCGACAUCACCGGCGAGACGGCGGAGGCUUUUCGCUUUCGGCUCGAGCUGUUCUUCAAGAAGGACGCCUUCGCAGACGAAAGCGGCAUCCGACUUGCGGACGGCGGGCGGCUCAUUCCCAGCGAGGACGGGACGGCCGGCAAAGAGCAGUUCUGCAGAGCCUUGUGCGACACGCCCGGCGUGGAUCCCAAAUUGCUCGCUGACGAGUGGGUGUACAAUCACUACAGGUGGAUCGUGUGGAAGCUGGCUUCCAUGGAGAGGUCCUUCCCGCAAACUAUGGGAGGCCGCUGCCUCACACCUGAGAGGGUUCUACUGCAGCUCAAGUACAGAUAUGACGUGGAGGUGGACCACAGCCGCAGGCCCGCUCUGAGGAAGAUCAUGGAAAAGGACGACACGCCGGCCAAAACUCUGGUUCUCUGCAUCUGCGGGGUGGUCUCCCAAGACCGGGUGGCGAACCCGUGCGCGGUGGUGUGGCUGACCGACGGCUGGUACUCGGUGAAGGCGCAGCUGGAUGAGCCCUUGAGCGCUCUGCUUCGCAAGGGACGACUGGCCGCGGGCGGGAAGCUCAUCAUCCACGGCGCUCAGCUGGUGGGUUCGCAGGAAGCCUGUUCGCCGCUGGAAGCGCCCCAAUCGCUUAUGUUGAAGAUUUUCGCCAACAGCAGCAGACCCGCGCGAUGGGACACCAAGCUGGGUUUCUACAAAGAUCCUCGGCCGUACCUGCUUCCUCUGUCGUCACUGUUCAGUAACGGGGGGCCUGUCGGUUGCGUGGACAUUGUGGUGCUGAGAAGUUACCCCGUUCAGUGGAUGGAGAGGAAGUCGGACGGAGGCGUGGUCUUCCGCUUGGCCCGUGCCGAAGAGGAGGAGGCGGCGCGCCACAACGGCCGCAAGCAAAAGGCCAUGGAGGUGCUUUACGACAAGAUACAAGCAGAGUUUGAACAAGAGGACAUCGACAGCAAACGUCGACUGAGGAGAAGGAGCGUCAGUCAUCGAGAUAUUGGAAGCUUGCAGGACGGGCAGGAGCUCUACGAGGCCGUGGGAGACGACCUAGCUGGACUUGAGGCCCUUCUGAGCGAGCAGCAGCUGGAGACGCUGCGGGCGUACGGCCGCUCGCUCAUGGACAAGAAACGGGCCGAAAUGCAGGAUCGCUACCGUCGCGCCACCGAAAACAACACGGACGGCGGCCAAACGAGCUGCCCUCAGAGAGACGUCACCCCUGUCUGGAGACUCUGCGUCGCCGACUCUUUGAAUCCCACCGGCGACGUUUACCAGUUGAACCUUUGGCGACCGUCCUCAGAUGUGCAGGCCUUGUUGAAGGAAAGUCGUCGAUACAAAGUCUACAACUUGGCCACGUCGGACAGGAAGAAGCGUGGCGCUGUUGGGGCACUUCAGCUCAGCGCCACUAAGAAAACACAAUUUCAAGAACUCCAGGCUUCUCCGGAAUGGUUAUCGGCAUGCUUUCGACCGAGAGUGUCUACCGACUUUGUGGCUCUUCAAAAGCUGGAAUUUGACCCUCCGUGCGGGGAGGUUGAUCUGACGGGAUGCGUCGUCAGUGUGCUGGAUGGAAAAGGCCCUUCCCCUGCCUUCUACCUGGCGGACGGCAAGGUGAAUUUUGUGAAGGUCCUCUGCUUCAGCAGCCUGCUUCAAGCGGGCCUGGCGGACGUCGUGAAACCCGGCGCGCUGCUCGCGCUGAGCAACCUGCAGCUGAGGGGCCGGUCCACCCGGCCCACCCCCGUCGUGUACGCGGGGGACCUCACCGUCUUCUCCACCAAACCCAAAGAAGAGCAUCUUCAAAAGGCCCUCGGGCGGCUCAGGGACCUCCUGCAGGAACAAGAGACGUUCUUUGUGUGCGCCGAGGACAAACUCUCCCAGCUGCUCAAGAGGGACGUGUGCUCUCCCGCUCUGCCUCCGAAAACUCCGCCCACGCAACACGCGUUGACAAACACCACAUCUCAGCAGCCGGUCAGAAGCCUCGGCUCCUUCACUCCACCGAGCAGGAACCUCCAGGCCGCAGCCGACACUUCUUCGUCGGAGAAAGACCCGAGAAGCUUGAAGAGGAGGCGAGCUGUGGACUACCUCUCUCGCGUGCCGUCUCCUCCGCCAUUGUUUCUCCCCCUGGGCCUGGCUGCUUCGCCCUUCGUCAAGAAGACCUUCAACCCUCCUCGGAGAGCCAGCACCUUAAAAACUGUACACACCCCAAACCUGGCGCCUGUGUCUGCAAGUCCGCCUGAUGAAAAGGAGGAGGAAGCGUGGGUGAACGACCAUGAGCUCGCUAUGAUUGAUACGCAGGCCUUGCGUUCCAAUGAGGCACUAUAACUGCACUCUGCUGCAUUGUUAAAGGAAGCCACGAUGUAAAAAAAAAUUGUUUGAAUAAAU